CUAUCACUCCUCACAUAUUCUUUCUCUAGCAUUAUACACAUAACUUCUCACGUUAGAGAACCUUCUCCAUUUCCACAGGGGGAACGGCACCAGGGUGUUAGUGUGACUCAGAUGUACUAUUGUGUAUCUCAUCUCAGUUCUAAUCACUAUUUGCUCACAUUGGGGUUCAGGCAAUGGUGGACACGGUUACAGACUGUACUAAUAUACUGGAACAAACUACAUUUAAACUGUAAAGCUGAAGCUGAAAGAAGUAGCAUAUGGGGGGGGAUUCUGAUUUGAUCAGCAUGACCUCAGACCACUCAACCUAUGUUAGGCAUUGUACUAUACUUUAAUACAAUACUGUAUCACGUGACAUAGAGGAUUAUGAUGUUAAUCAGUAAUGUGUUCCCAUAAAGCCAGCCUGUGACUGUCAUAUAGUUGGAUCAGCUAUUUAGGUAUAGAAACUAGGUUCUUAUAGAGUUAUGUUAUGAAAGGUUCAGAAAGAGUUGAAAAUGUUUGAGAGACUGAGAGAAAAGAGAGGAUUUGCCUGUUUUAACUGUUGUAUGAAUAUUUUGGGUAUAUUAUCUCAUAUGUCACACAUCUGAGUCUCCUGUGCUGAGUUAAUGAAUUCAAACAUGAGUGAUAAUCAGUAACACAGCAUUAAGACUUAGUCAUGGUGAUUUGCAACUGACACCAGGUCAACUGGGUCAUACUCAGAGAACUAUAGCGAUGGUUUAGCCUCUAGAGCUGGACACCAUGUUGCUACCUCAUAUAACAUUUAUGAUGUGUGUUUCUGUGUGCCUGUCUGUCUGGCAGUUUGCCUGCCUUUCAGAACCUCUGGACUGAACCAUGAGUUCUUGCGUGACCCUGUCGUCAGGGCAUAAGAUUCCCCUGGUGGGGCUGGGCACCUGGAAGAGUGCCCCUGGACAGGUGAAGCAGGCGGUGCUGACGGCUCUAGACUGUGGCUACAGACACAUUGAUUGUGCUGCUGCGUACAGUAAUGAGCAGGAGGUCGGGGAGGCACUGGCUCUGAGGCUGGGACCAGGAAAGGCCCUGCGUCGUGAGGCUGUAUUUCUGACCUCUAAGCUGUGGAACACCCAGCAUCACCCUGACGAUGUAGAGACAGCCUGUAGGAAGAGUCUAAUACACCUGGGACUGAACUACCUGGACCUCUACCUCAUGCAUUGGCCCAUGGCCUUCCAGCGUGGGACAGAGCUGAUGCCUAAGCGGGCCGAUGGGAGUGUGUGUUACGAUGACAUACACUACCAGGAAACCUGGGUUGCCAUGGAGAGCCUGGUUGAUAAGGGGCUGGUCCGAGCCAUCGGUCUGUCCAACUUCAACGCCAGACAGACAGACGAUAUCAUCAGCAUCGCCAAACACAAGCCUGUAGUCAACCAGGUGGAGUGUCACCCAUACCUGUCCCAGGCUGAGUUGCUGAGUCACUGCAGGUCGGUAGGUGUAUGUGUGACGGCCUACAGCCCCCUGGGUAGCGGUGACAGGCCCUGGGCCUCGCCUGAUGAACCCUGCCUGCUGCAGGACCCUGGACUGGGGGCUAUCGCCCUCCGCCACAGCAUGACCCCUGCUCAGGUCAUACUCAGGUGGCAGGUACAGAGAGGGGUAGUCUGCAUCCCCAAAAGUGUCACCCCCUCCAGGAUCCAGCAGAACAUACAGGUGUUUGACUUCUCUCUGUCGGAUGAAGACAUGAAGCAGAUGGAGUCAUUCAGCAGAAACGAGAGGUACAUCGUCCCAGCUGUGGAGAGGGACGGAAAGAGAGUGUGGAGGGACGCAGAGCACCCCCAUUUCCCCUUCAAUGAGCCGUACUGACCCCACAUCUAGACACAGAUCUACUGACCCCACAUCUAGACACAGAUCAACUGACCCUACGCCGAGACAGAUCUACUGACCCCA